AAAUCAGAUGCAUAAAAUUGAAUGUGAAUGCCUAUGAACACAGUUUGUAUUCAAUAGCAAGGGGGAUGGAUUAAAAUCAAUAGAAAUGAUUGGAAAUCUAAUUGGUAUUAUUCUCCUGACUCCGACCGUCCUUGCGCAGUUCGACCUCAAGCCAGAUGUAAGCUUUACUGAUACCAAUGACAGAUUCGACUUAACAGGCAUGAUGCAAGCACACCCUGCCUUCCGAGAUGCUCCCCUAAUCGAUGACAAUGAUGACGACAUAGAAUCAGACGAGGACUUCAGAAGAAGUUUCAACGUCGAUAAACCUCAGGAUAUUGAUGUACUCAAGCAAAAAAACCCAGAAGCAAAUAUAGAAGAGACAUUCUUAACGCGAAAAUCUAAUGGGGGUUUUGCAUACGAUGACAGAAUGGAUAGCAAUGAAGGCGGGACGGUAUCAGACUUUGUUGAAAGUUUGAAAGGUUUUGAACAUAAUGUAGAACCGCCUAACCGAAGGCGCCGUGAUGUCGCUCCCACUGCUCACAAGAGGUUAAGAAGGAAUGCUGACCAAUAUGUGUUAUCGCAAUACGGUUUCCCAAUAGUGAUGAAAGUCGAUGGAUAUCUGAAACCUCCCUUGGAAUAAGUACAGCUUGGCAAAAAAGAGUUUGACGCGGUGACAGUUGGAACCAAUAUUGAUUUGGACUGAAUCACCCACU